AUGACCGGAGAGAGGAAUAGUACAACCAUCACCAAGUUCAUUCUUGUGGGAUUCUCAGACUUUCCCAAGCUCAAGCUGGUUCUCUUUGUUGUCUUCUUGGGAAUUUAUCUCUCCACAGUAGUGUGGAACCUGGGCCUCAUCAUCUUGAUUAGGAUUGACCCUUACCUACAUACACCUAUGUACUUCUUCCUCAGCAACUUGUCAUUUUUAGAUUUCUGGUACAUUUCCUCUACAACCCCUAAAAUGCUCUCAGGAUUCUUCCAGAAGCCUAAAUCCAUCUCCUUUUUGGGGUGCACCAUGCAAUACUUCUUCUUCUCAAGCCUGGGUCUGGCUGAGUGCUGUCUUCUGGCAGCCAUGGCUUAUGACCGGUAUGCUGCCAUUUGUAAUCCUCUGCUCUACACAGCCGUCAUGUCCCCUUCCCUCUGUGUGCAGAUGGUGGCGGGAGCCUAUAUCACUGGUCUCUUUGGUUCACUGAUACAACUGUGUGCUAUACUUCAGCUGCAUUUCUGUGGGCCAAAUGUUAUCAACCACUUCUUUUGUGACCUCCCUCAGUUAUUAGUCCUCUCUUGCUCUGAAACUUUCCCCCUGCAAGUUCUGAAGUUUGUAAUAGCAGUGAUUUUUGGGGUGGCAUCCGUCUUGGUCAUCCUGAUAUCCUACACUUAUAUUGUUGCCACAAUCCUGAAGAUCAGCUCAGCAGAUGGCAGGGCCAAGGCUUUCAAUACCUGUGCCUCUCACCUGACAGCAGUCACUCUCUUUUUUGGAUCAGGACUCUUUGUCUAUAUGCGCCCCAGCUCUGACAGUUCUCAGGGCUAUGACAAGAUGGCAUCAAUCUUCUAUACAGUGCUGAUUCCCAUGUUGAACCCUCUGAUUUACAGUCUCAGGAACAAGGACAUCAAAGAUGCUCUUAAGCGAUGUAAGAAGAGGUGCUUUUCCCAUUGCCACUGUUAA